AAUGAAUAUAACUAUUGAGACUUUAUGUAAGGAAUUGCCAAAUCAAUUUGCUGAUUAUCUUAGGUAUUUUUAUAUCAUAAAUAUACUAAGAUAUUUGAAGACUUUAAGAUUUGAAGAUUAACCUGAUUAUCUCAAGCUCAAGGAUUUAAUGAAAUAAUGUAGCACAUCUAAUACAUAUGAUAAGCGAUUUGAAGAACUGAUAAGUAAUAAAAUAAGGACUCUCUAUCGGAAGUCAAAGUUUAGAGUUCAUUUUUAGCUGCUCCUGGAAAUGUUUGAGUCCAAAGAUCUCAUACUAAAAAAUAAUCCAAUGUCUCAAAUCUUGGUAUUAACAUUUAUUAAUUUUAGGAUCUUCAUUAUCAAAUGUUGUUAAAUGUGUACCAUCUUAUUAAGUUGGUAUGUAAUUAAAAUAACUAAUCAUAAACUCAUAUAAAAAUUGCUGCAAGUCAACCUCAUAUGGAUUUUAAUUUUCACAUUGAAACUGUUGAUUUUGAGGACACAGAAGAAAAUAUGAAUAAUCAUCCAACCUUAGAAUAAAAAUACUUAAAUUUGUUUGGAUUCGAUGCUAAAUUAAAGAUAAAAAAUGCAAAUUUCUUGUUCUGCAAUUAAUGUUUUUGA